AUGGCAACCACAAUUGACCUGACAAACGAGCAUGCGACUCUAACCAACAAACUCCUCGCCGGAUGCGAUACCUGGCUCCGCGAAGCCAAAACAUUCGCCGAGAUCCUGACCCAGCAAGGGCUCACCCUCGCACCGCUCGACACCGAGAUCGAAUUCAUCCUCCGCGCCAUAUACAUAUCGACCGCGCAAAUGAAACUCACCUCCACGCCCAGCGGCAUGAUAAUCGAGACGGAGCAUCAACUGAGAAACACCUACGAUGCCAUCCACGCCGAAAAUGUCACAUUGACGAAUGAACGAGAUAUGCUUCGCGCCGAGCUCGCCGCGUUGAAUGCACAGCACCACCCCAUGGAGGACAUGCUCCCGGCUUCAGUAGUUGAGCCGAUGUUCCAGGACGUUGUGAAGUUCUGUGUGCUACUGAAAGACGAGUGGGAGAGGCUGAAGAGAGAUUGUGAGAGCCUGAAGAGAGAAUGUGAGGAUAUGAAGGAGGUGUGA